CCAUAAAGCAACAACGGGUGCUUUGCUAUCGUCUCUUGUUACCGCAAAGGCGAAUAAUGAUAUCAACUUUUAGUUUUUUGUUUUUGUUUUUUAAUACUCUGAAACCAAAGUAAACGACAAGCAAAGACAGCACGGACCGUAGACUACGGAUAUCCACCGGCACUCGCAUCCAUGUCCCGUGAUGCUUCGUGUCGUGUGACGUUUCAAGCCUGCGACGGCUCGGGCGCCAGUUUGUUUUGGUGUCUGAAUGAGAAACCCGCCGCGGCAUUUUCAUCUAAUCAAACUAAACAAACAAAUAAAUCAGUCGAUUCGAGGUGAACUAAAAUGAUUCACGAGCUGUUGCUGGCGUUAAGCGGAUACCCGGGGACGAUCUUCACGUGGAACAAACGGACAGGUUUGCAGGUGUCCCAGGACCUGCCCUUUCUUCACCCCAGUGAGACCAAUGUCCUCAACCGGCUCUGUAAACUGGGCUCCGAUUACAUACGCUUUACAGAGUUCAUAGAGCAGCACACUGGCCAUGUGCAUCCGCAAGAACAUCACACGAACCAGCCAAACCCGACUGGACUACAUGGAAUUUACUUGCGGGCUUUCUGCACGGGGCUGGACUCGAUGCUGCAGCCGUACAGACAAACCCUGCUGGACCUCGAACAAGAGUUCCUUGGAGAUCCACAUCUGACAAUAUCCCAUGUGAAUUAUAAGCUUGAUCAGUUCCAGUUGCUGUUUCCCUCCGUGAUGGUGGUGGUAGAGACUAUAAAAUCCCAGAAGAUCCAUGGCUGUCAGAUCCUGGAGACGGUGUACAAGCACAGUUGCGGGGGGCUUCCUCCUGUACGCGUGGCCUUAGAAAAGAUUCUCGCGGUGUGCCACGGUGUGAUGUACAAGCAGCUGGCAGCCUGGAUGUUGCACGGACUGUUGCUGGACCAAAGCGAGGAGUUCUUCGUGAAGCAGGGGCCCAGCGCCGGAGGAGCUGCCGCCAACCAGGAGGAGGAGGAGGAGGACCUGGGACUCGGAGGCCUGAGCGGGAAACAGCUCAGAGAGCUACAGGACCUGAGGCUGAUCGAGGAGGAGAACAUGCUGGCUCCGUCUCUGCAGCAGUUCUCUCUGCGAACCGAGAUGCUGCCUUCGUACAUCCCCAUCCGCGUUGCCGAGAAGAUCCUCUUUGUGGGAGAAUCGGUCCAGAUGUUCGAAAACCACAACCACAGCCCAUCCAGAGCUGGCUCCAUACUGAAGCACCAGGAGGACACGUUUGCUACUGAGCUGCACAAACUCAAACAGCAGCCUCUUUUCAGCCUGGUGGAUUUUGAGAAUCUCAUCGAUCGCAUCAGGAGCACAGUGGCAGAGCAUCUCUGGACUUUGAUGGUGGAGGAGUCAGAUCUGCUCGAACAGCUCAAGAUCAUUAAAGACUUCUACUUGCUGGGUCGUGGGGAGCUCUACCAGGUGUUUAUUGACCUCGCGCUGCACAUGCUGAAGACCCCUCCGACGGCCGUCACCGAGCACGAUGUCAACGUGGCCUUUCAGCAGGCGGCUCAUAAGGUGCUGCUGGACGACGACAACCUCCUGCCCCUGCUGCACCUCACCGUGGACUACCAGGGCAAGGACAGCAAAGAGGGGUCGGGCUCCAGAGACGGAGCCACUCCCCCACAGGACACCUCCCCUCGCGAGGUCCCUCCCACGGGCUGGGCGGCUCUGGGCCUCACCUACAAGGUCCAGUGGCCGCUGCACAUCCUCUUCACCCCGGCGGUCUUGGAGAAGUACAACGUGGUGUUCAGGUACCUGCUGAGCGUGCGGCGGGUGCAGUCGCAGCUGCAGCACUGCUGGGCCCUCCAGAUGCAGAGGAAGCACCUCAAGUCCAGCCAGACGGACGCUGUUAAGUGGAGACUGCGCAACCACAUGGCGUUUUUGAUCGACAACCUGCAGUACUACCUGCAGGUGGAUGUCCUGGAGUCGCAGUUCUCUCAGCUGCUACAGCAGAUCAACUCCACCAGAGACUUCGAGAGCAUCAGACUGGCCCACGACCAUUUCCUCAGCAACCUGCUCGCCCAGUCCUUCAUCCUCCUGAAGCCGGUGUUCCACUGUCUGAAUGAGAUCCUCGAGCUGUGUCACAAUUUCUGCUCCCUGGUCAGUCAGACUGUGGCUUCUCUAGACGAGAGGGGAACUGCUCAGCUGGACAUCCUGGUCAAGGGCUUUAGACGGCAGUCCUCCUUACUGUUCAAAAUCCUUUCAAGUGUGAGGAAUCACCAGAUAAACUCUGAUCUGGCUCAGCUGUUGCUGCGACUGGACUACAACAAGUACUACACACAGGCUGGAGGCACCCUGGGCAGCGUCUAAGAAGAGCAGAAAGGAUUAAGGUUUGGAGAUUAUGUCCAUCUAAGCUGAACUCUCACACCGGGCAGAAGAACAUAUUGUACAUAACUCCCAUCAGUCUUGCCCUUUGACAAAAUGCUGUUUUGUUAAUGUGGCGUGCCAGUUUCACUGAUCUUCAGAAGGGCUGGUUCAACCAAAAUUAUGGUCACAUUUUCUCACUCACUUCAAGUGGCACCUGGCUACACAGAUAGUUUUUGUUUUAAGUGCAAAGAUGAUCAGACAUCUGCCAUCAUCUCAAUAAAAACCGAGGGGGGUGGGAGAGGAGCCACAAAACAACAGUCGGUUGUUUUUCCAGAAACAGUGAUCUCUCACUGGGAGUAGUAAUACUUUUCCCAGUGAAAAGUAUUACUACUUCAUCUGGUCGUAGUGACCUCCGCUCGCAGCGAGGUCUGUGGAUUAUUGAAGCUCAGAAAGGCGAAGCCUCACAAACUGAGCCAAGCUCGGGCAGUUUCAGAAAAGUCAGCUCCCACCUCAAGUGAUCAGAAUUAUUAAAGGCAGGUUUAAGAACUGCUUCUGUAGAGCUGAUUAAUUACAGGAAUAGUUCAACAUUUUGGGAAAUGCACUUAUCUGCUCUGUAGCUGAGAGUUCGAUGAGAACACAGACACCACUUUCAUAUGCGUGUUAAACAUGACGCAAACGCUCGGCGACAAAAAUGAACAAACAUUUCCCAAAAUGUUGAACCUCUAAUGUACUAAGGUCAAACUUCUCUAAACCUGCUUCAUCAAACAGACCUCAGGACACUGGCUCUGCAAAGACAAGCGGCUGUUGAAUUAUUAAAAGUCAUUUUUCACUGCAGAUGAGAUUCCUUUCACUUCCACUGGGAUGAGGCAGAAAUCCCAGAGACACGGCUCAACACUUUAGCACGAACGUCCAAUGCUAUCUGCAAAGUGAAAUACCACCGGGAUGAAGGAGAAAAUGUUUUUGUAGUUUGGAUGAUCUGGCCCUUCAGCUAUAGACCUUGCG